AUGAACUACAUAUAUAUUUCUGAGGGUAGACAUAUAGAUUAAGAAGAAAGAUGGAGAACAAAUGGAGUGUGGUGAUGAUGGUGUUCGUUUUGGUUGUGAUGGCUGCCAUUGGAGGAGAAUCAGCAAAUCUUUCAUGUGAAACAAAAUGUGCAAGCACCUGCAGAGAUUCAUUGUUUCAUCAGAUAUGCUUAGACGGGUGUUUGAAAAGUUGUAGAUCUCAUCCACCACCUAUGCAACUUCACACUCGCAUGGUGGCUGCCAGAGCCAGUACUAGAGAAGAAGAAGAAAAAGCGAGUCUUGGAUGUGCAUUCAAAUGUGAAUUUCAAUGCAAACUGAACUUCACUAAUGGUUGCUACGACCGGUGCUAUAAAGAGAAAUGCCAGCAUCUCCCACCUAAAAAUACCUUUCGCGUAUCUUCUUCACGCUCGCCGACGAACACUGGUGGAGAGCUGAAAGGAAUCAGAGGGGCUAGAGAUAACUUUUGAAAGUUGUUAUGAUUGAAUUUUUUUACUUUUGUUUUCUCUAUAUAUCAAAGAAAAUCUAUAAACGU